AUGUUACUUUAAAACAAGAAAAUCUCUAUCUAAUAUAGGUAUGAAUCAAAUUUUUAUGUGAUAAGUUAUAAAUUACUAAGUUUCCUAAAGAUCAAAGGUACUCUUUAUAAUUAAUUGUGAUAAGCAAAAAUAAUGAAACAAAUUUAACAAUUUUUGAUGCAGAUGCAUUUCAUUAGAAACUCGAAUUCUAAAAUAUUUAUAUCAAGGAAACAGAUGAAAUUGCUAUUAAUGUUUUAUACAAAAAAAUAUGUAAUUAUUAAGUAGAAGACAUUAUACAAUUCAAUUACUCAUUAUCUUUGAUUGAAUCGCCUUAGAAGUAAGUUUAAUGUAAGUUCCCUUAUUACUUUACUAAUUGUACACAAUAACUAAGAUCUGAGGAAAUACCAAAUACAUAAAUCACAAUAGCCUAGAAUAAAUGGUUAUAUUUUUAUUAUAGAAUUGAAUACAAUGAAUACUAGGUAAUGUUUUCCCUUUGAAUUAGUUAUUAUUAGUAAAUGGCAAAUCAGAUGUUGGUGUUUCAUUGGUCCCUUCUAAUAUUUCUCGCUUAACUUAAUUACCAUCCUUUAAUUCCUAUUUCAGUUUGAUACCUCAAGAAUACACCUAUUAAGUUACAUUAAAAAAGUAAGGAGAUGAAGUUGAAUCGGUUGUAAUAAUUGGUUUAUAUAAUUUUAAUCAAACAUCUGAGGCAGAAAUAAAGUUAUCUCUAAAUGAAAUUAUUGCUUCUGAUAACAUCUUCCCUAUUUGGGGAAUCUUAGUGAUAAUAGCAGUAAUAGUUUUGGCAACAAUGAGCAUAAUUUACUUGACAGUUUAAUUUAGGAAAUAAUUAAAAGUACUUUCUUUAGAAGCUCCUGAAAUUGGUUUAGAGAUGUUAGAUAAAUAUAUGCCAACUAAAAAGGUACAAACCAAAAUGUUGAAUGAAUUUUGUUGUAUAUGUCUAGUAAAUUAUGAAGAAAGUGAUUCUAUCAGAGAAACCCCUUGCAAUCACAUUUUUCAUGACAAAUGCAUCAUUGAAUAAUAAGAAUCAAAUUAAUUCAGGUUUAAGAAGAGCAAAAGUUGCCCAAAUUGUCGUUUGGAAUUUACGGAGGAAGAGUUCUCAAGAUUAAUGUUGCAAAGACAAACAGAUUCAAGUCCUGAGAAUAAAAAGAAUUAGAAUUCUACUUUUAUUUAAAGAGUCACAAGUAUAAAAUUAAUACAAAACACAAAUCCAUAACAAAGAAGAAAUCUCGAGGAUUCUACUUCUUAAUUAAACCAAGUAGAAGAAAUUCCUCAACAAACUUAUGUUCAACCCUUCAACAUGUUUGACUAAGCUGAAUAAAAUUGA